AUGGGUGCCCUUAAAUAUGUGGAAGAACUUCAGAAGAAGAAGCAGUCCGAUGUGAUGCGCUUCCUCCUGCGCGUCCGAUGCUGGGAGCUUCGUCAACUCAAUGUCAUCCACCGCGCCUCCCGCCCAUCUCGCCCUGACAAGGCCCGUCGUCUCGGAUACAAGGCCAAGCAGGGCUACGUUAUCUACCGCAUCCGUGUGAGACGCGGUGGCCGCAAGAGAACCGCUCGCAAGGGUGCUACCUACGGCAAACCUACCAACCAGGGUGUCAACCAGCUCAAGUAUCAGCGAUCCCUCAGAUCCACUGCUGAGGAGCGUGUUGGCAAGCGAUGUGCCAACUUGCGUGUUCUCAACUCCUACUGGAUCAACCAAGAUUCUACCUACAAGUACUACGAAAUCAUCCUCGUUGACCCUCAGCACAAGGCCAUCCGCAAGGAUCCUCGCAUUAACUGGAUCGUCAACCCCGUUCACAAGCACCGCGAAUCCCGUGGUCUCACUGCCACCGGCAAGAAGUCCCGUGGUCUCAACAAGGGCCACGGCUACAACAAGACCACCGCCGGCAGACGGAAGACCUGGAAACGACUCAACACCCAGAACUUCUGGAGAUACCGUUAA